AUGACUCCUAGAAUCUUUGUCACUGGCGCCACUGGCUAUGUUGGCGGCCACACCACUGGAGAGCUCAUCGCCGCUCACCCCGAGUACCAAGUCGUGACGCUCGUCCGGAAUGAAGAACAGGCAGCAAAACUCAAGAGUCACUGGCCGGCUAUUACCACUGUCGUUGGUACUCUGGAUGAUGACAAGAUCAUCCAAGAGGAGAGCGCCAAAGCGAAUGUAGUUCUGCAGCUCGCGAGCUCCGACCAUAUCCCCGUUGUGAAGUCUGCUAUCGCCGGGCUGGCAACUGGAGGCGGCAAAUUGAUUCAUAUCUCUGGUACCGGAGUUCUCAACGAUAUGUCUACUGGUCCUGGUAAUCCAGCACCAAAGGUGUACGACGACGUCGAAGAUAUUAAAGAGAUCACUUCACUUCCGGAGACUGCUUUACACCGCGACGUUGAUGAUGCUGUUCUGACCGGUGGAUCUCUGCACGGUGUGGAUACUGCCAUUAUCUGCCCUCCCCUCAUUUAUGGUGUGGGACAGGGCCCGAUCAAGAAGAGGAGCAUGCAGGUCCCAUUCCUGAGCGAGGCGAUUCUUAAGAGGGGCCGCGGUUUCACCGUUGGCGAGGGCAAGAAUAUCUGGGAUCAUAUUUAUAUCGGAGACUUGGCAAAGGCAUGUGUGCUUCUGAUCGAGGAAGCACUCAAGCCGCAGGGUGGAUCUGCUCAGUGGGGCUCUGAAGGCUACUACUUUGUUGAGUCGGGUGAAAUCGCAUGGAAGGACGUCGCCGAGAAGAUUUCGUCAAUCACCAAGCAACUUGGAAAAAUCGAGAGUGCAGAUGUCGAUCAACUGUCCGUUGAGGAGGCCAGCAAAUUCCACCCCUGGGCUCCAGUCCUGUGGGGUGGUAACUGUCGCAGCAGAGCGACGCGUCUUCAAUCGCUGGGUUGGAAGCCUCAGGGCCCAACUGUUUGGGAAGCUCUUCCGGCUAUGGUCAAGGCAGAGGUGGAUGCACUUGCGAAAUAA